AUGAAACACGGGGUCUCGAUCCAAGACCAGAUAAAUGAGGCGAACAAGAAGCUUCAGCUCCACGAGGGCGACCUCAAGGCCUACAAAGAGAGCACGACGCAGCAAAUGAACGACAACAAACGCGUCAUCCACGAACUUACAGUCAGCAACAAGCAGCUUCACAAACAACUCGCCCAAGUUCUCAGAGGAGAUGAAAAAGUCAUCGAAGCGGCGCUCGGCGAUCACAAAAUCGAGAAACAAGCGUUGCCGAGCCCAGUCAAAAGCAAAGCAGGAAAAGACGUUGUUAAUAUUAUCGAUCAGAAAAAGUGCGACAAGCAAAAACGCCUCAACGCCAUUCGCGCCCAAAAUGAAAAGAAACGCCGUCAGCUUCAAGAACUUCAGACUUCGAAAAAUCUGAUGGAAAAAGAUAUCAAGAGAGAAGAGGAAAACUGCAGAGGCGUCUCAGAAAAUGCUCGUCAGCUUCGAACUAUUGAAAAUCGUCUUGACAAAGCGCUUUUGAAGCAGCGAGAAGCGGAACAUGUGAAGGCGAUUUACGAAAAGAUGCUGGCAAAGCUUCAAGAAGGCGCGCUCAAGUUCCCGACAAUUUUGGAAGACAAAGAGCGCCAAGUACAGGAGCAAGAGCAAGAACUCAAGCGCGUUCAGGGCAUGCUCGCUCAGGCUCAAUCCCAGCGGGAUCGAGCCAAAGCGCAAUUUCACGAAAACGAGGAAGAGCUUCAGCGAGAAAGGCGGGAACGAGACCGAAUGCUUCAAGAACUGCGACAGCGGGCUGAUGAAAAGCGAGGGGCUGACGCGUUGGAGAGGAGAACGACGAGAAUGGAGAGCCGAACUGGCUCGACUCCGGCUGUUCUCGACCCUGUUCAAGGAAAUGAUAUCUUGCAGCAAAAUGAUUUGGAGGCGAAGAUCGCUGAGUAUGAAGGCAUUUAUGGCGCGAUCAAGGAGGCUACCGGCGUUUCGAGCAUUGACGAAGCUGUUUCUCGAUUUGAAUCGCAAGGAGAAACGUCCAAGCAUCUUCAAACUCUCAAGGAAGAAAACGAGCAAAAAAUAAAAGAACUGAAAGAAACGCGAAUGGACCUCGAAGCUCAAUUCAACAAGUUCAAAUACUCGGACGCUGACGAAGCCGCAAAGAUCGACAAUGAUCUCUUCGAAAUGACCCAAAAGACAAAAGAAAACAACAAACUCGCGAAUGAAUAUCGAACUAAACUUGAGCGUCAAAACAAGCUUCUUCUCAACGUCAGAUCAGGCGUCCAGCAUCUUUGCGACAAACUUGACUUUGUGGAAGGAACAGGCGAAACUGUCAAACCAGAAAAUGCAGAUGUCGUGGGAGACAUCAACGCAAUCAUCGAGCGAUCUGGCAAGCAAAUCGACAGUUUGCUCCAAUCUCUUGGAGAAGAUGGUGUCGACGGAGCUCAAGAACGCGCUGGAACGGAUUUGACCAGCUGGGCAAUUACAAGAGUCGAGGAAACCGCACCAUACUCUGCUAUUAAAUCACCGGGUCAUCACGCCGCUCGCGCUCCAGGAGAUCUCUCCGACGACGGCUCAUCCGGCGAAGAGGAUACUCAAAUGCUCACGCGUGAAGAAAUCAAGAAGCAAGCCGAUGCUCUGGUCAAAGCACGAAACAAGAAACGCGGCCGUCCCGUCAAGCAAAAAGGCCGACGAUAA